AUGGCUCAGCAAGUACAAGGAAAGACAGCGAUUGUCACGGGCGCUGGCUCCGGGAUUAAUCUCGAGUUUGCCCGUCUCCUUCUGGAAAAUGGCGCCAACGUCGUGUUUGCCGACCUUAGUCUCCGACCAGAAGCCGAGAAAGUGGUCCAGAAGUAUCAAUCGACUGCCAACAAAGCCGUCUUCCAGAAGACCGACGUGACCUCGUGGCCGGACCUCGAUGCCAUGUUUGCCGCAGCUCAGCAACAAUUCGGAUCAAUCGACAUUGUGUGCCCGGGAGCAGGAGUAUUUGAGCCGGAUUGGAGCAGCUUCUGGCACCCACCGGGGACGGAGAAAUCCAAGGACGACCCAGCCGGAGGGAGGUACCGGCUGUUGGACAUCAACAUAACGCAUCCCGUGCGCGUCACGCAGUUGGCCAUUUCUCACUUUUUGGCAGCAAACCCGCCAUCCAGUGUCGAGAAUCCCAAGACGAUUGUCCAUAUCGCGAGUAUCGCAGGUGAGACCACCAGCCUCCCAUUCCCCCUGUAUCAUGUGAGCAAGCAUGGCGUCCAAGCGUUGGUGCGCAGCCUGGCGGAUCUGGAAAAGCUGCAGGGGAUACGUGUGAGCUGCGUGAUGCCGGGACUGGUCAAAACGCCGCUGUGGACCGACCACCCGGAGAAGUUGAAGGUCAUUUCGCAAGACGAUGUCUGGGUGACGCCAGAGGAGGUCGCUGAGGUAAUGCUCGCAUUGGUCAAGGACAAGGAGAUUUCCACUGUCAUUGGGAGCAGGAGCUCGAGGACAAAUGGCGCCACUGGACAGGCGACGGACGUGAUUCAGAUCAAGGGAGGCAGCUGUUUGGAGGUGCUUGCAGGCGCUGUCAGGGAUGUGCCUCUCUUCAACAAUGUCGGGCCGUAUGUGGGAGGACAACCAGGGGCAACAGCGAGCGAUGCUGUGAAGAUAUACAACGAGGUCGUUGACUCGUUGAAGCCAGGAUGGGGGAAGGCCUGA